AUGAGCACGCGCACUCCGUCCCCUUCGCCCAGUCGAAAUGUUGUCCCUCCUUCGCCCGGUCGUACUUCCCUUCAAAGGGCGAUUAGGGCUCACGGAAUUCACCAACUCUAUCGCAAGCGAUUGGCUGAAGCGAAGAGACUUAACCCCAACGGAGUACUUUCCCUUCUGCCGUCUACCUUCGACAUGUUACAGAAGCAUUCUAUGUCGGAGGAAGAAUACAGUGACUUUGUCCUGUUACUGGCUGGGAAGCAACUUCGUACCGGUGGUCAUCUCGUCCCUUCCUCUCCGGCCAGCCUGGCGUUUGUGUGGGAGAACACAAGAUGGGCCCCCCUUCGUCAUCACGCUCCGAUUUCGAUCCUGUUUCACGUUCCGGCUAUGGGCCAUUACUUCGUAUCGCAGCAUCUGUUGCCGUUUGUACGGUCGACGUCGGACGCUGCCCCUAGCUCUUGCAUCCUCGGCGUUCGUAUCGCGUUCCACGAAGGCACUAACUCUAUCGGCACUAUCUUCUGUAAACCUCCAUUCCGUCGCCUCUACGAGGAAACCCUUCAGUUGACUAUUACCGGCUAUACUCGUACAAGACGUAUCGCGGCGGGAAGCGUCGUGACCAUUAACCCUCACUUCCUUGAUUUGCACGGAACCGACGCGUACCCCCAGCUCGACAAUAUUGUGAAGUUGCUCCAGUGA